GCUGUGUGUGUGUGAGUUGUCGGUGUCUUUACAUUGUGCUUCAUGUGUUUACACUGACGGAGUGACAAGUGACCCGUUUCACAAAGAAAGUGCCGUGAUCUGUUAUCAUUAUCACUGAUAAUUUCCUAUAGUUGUGGUUAUUUUGACCGAAAAAUGCCGUAAGCAGACAACAAAUCGUGUUUCUUGUGCUAAGUUCUUCUGUCGGAUAAAAACUUCUACUCUGUGUACUUCAGAUCGUUAUGAUCCAAUCAUGGGGGAAGCUCAGGAAUUGUUGAUACCCCCUGAUUUUAAUUUUUGGACUUUCAUUCAAAACGUUGAGUGGGGAGAUCCAUGGCUGGUAGGGUUGAUAACGUUUCAUAUCAUAGUCACACUGACAGCAGUAUUGACGAGAAAUCAUAAUAACUUUCAAGUUAUUUUAUUCCUGUUACUACUUUUACUUGUUUACUUCUCGGAAAAUCUCAAUGAAAUGGCAGCCACCAAUUGGAGGAUAUUUUCAAGGCAACAGUAUUUUGAUGGCAAAGGAAUGUUUGUCUCCUUAGUGUUCUCUGUGCCAAUACUUCUCAAUUGCAUGGUCAUGGUGGCAACAUGGCUCUACCAAUCAAGUCAGCUUAUGAUACAGCUGAAAAAAGCGCAGCUAAGAGAAAAGUCAAGACAGUUGCAGAGCAAUAAAGCAACCAAGGAUUCUGAAGAAAUGCAUGGCAGUAGUAGGAGUUCAAAACAGAAAGCCCAAUAGUGAGUCAUGUGUCUAUGUUCUUCAUUCGAAGUGAUUUCUCAUCUUUAAGAUUUUCCCCACCUCCAGAAUUUAGUGCAUUAAACCUGGGCUGCCUGAGCAUUUUACUCUCCUCUGUAGCUUGUAUUUAAGAAUAGAAUCAGUCAAUACAGAUAGCCUUUUUUUUAGUAAUUUACACUGAAGAUUAAACUCUGUAUGACAAAUUGUAGCAAUGAACUGUCACAGAGUGAUGGGGCUGCGCACCGUUUCAAUGAACCAUUACCUCUAAUUAGGUAGCCUAAAGGAUCUGUUCAAUCAUCAUUCAACUUGUUGUCAGCACAUAAGUUUCAGUAGAACAUUCAUGGAUGUAUCACUUGAAUUGACUAUAAUAUACAUGAACCAACCAACAAUAUCCAACUAUCACAGACCUUAUUCCGAGUAACAACGUUUUUAAAGUUGGAAAUUAGGGUAAGUCUUUCAACAGAAUUAAGGAGGCAUGUGUAAAAUGCAGGAUCAAAAAUAAGAAGAAUUGCAGAAUUGCAAACCUUGUUUGGGAUAUACAUAUGGAUAAAUUGAAAAGCCCUACUAUUCUUUGAAAUUUUGAGCAUUAUUUUGAUUAACAGACAUUUCUUCCAAUUUUCAUUUUUUCAAAUUUUGUCUUCUGAAAAGCUCUGAAAGAAAGUGCAAAAAUACAUCGAUAAAUUCAAAUUAAUGACAGAAACUUGCGUAAGAUCAAGUUUUUGCAAUUUUUUCUCUGUGUGGAAAGGUUCAUUUCAUUUUAUUUUCAUCUAAAUUCAUUAUUGAUAAUUGAUAAAAUGGUACUUUCACCCUGUGUCUGUAACUUAUCAAGCAUGAUUCCAUUCCCUGUAUUAAGUGCUCUCUCUUGUGACUGAAUGAUUGACAUAAACAAUUCCAUUCAGGUCAAGAGAGGAUUUUCAUCCUUUUUUCUGUACAAAUAAAGUCUCCAAAAAUUUGCUGAGUGUUGUUCUUAAAAUAUAACAUAUCUCAGCCGAAAGGAAUGAAUUAUGACAAAGUGUACUGUACUGUUUUUAGAUUUUAUCAAGAAAUGAAUUUAUUGCAGUCCAUUGGCUUCUAACAAUUUUCCUAGUUAACCGUAUGUUUCUUGCCUCUUGCUGAGAUCAGAAUUCAAUGAAUCUAGAUUAUUCAAAUUUGUAUUGGCUUUGAUUUGUAUGAAUAUUUUUCUUAUAAAAUUUUCAGUUCAUAGGGAUUGAACUUCGAUUUGCUUGAUCGAAAUAUUUUCUCAUUGCAAUUGCUAGAAUUAACACAAUUAGGUUCUGAUAUUGAAGGAUGCUUGACCAGGAAAAUCAGGCUGUUCUUUUUCCAAGCAAUAACCGUAAUGCCUUACUGUGAAUGCGACUUCUUAUCCAGCAUUUGAUAAAUAUCCUAGGAUUUUCAAAGGUGUAUAAUGAGUAUAUCCGUACAUGAUGAUCUUGUGUAUGUAGGAAUUCUGAGGGGUGCAAAAAAUGUCAAGUGUUUUGAUUUUUUACAGAUCGCAUCUAGCACCAGGCAAACCUAGAGCCUUGAACAUUUCAAAAGUGAUGCAUUCUUGUUGCAAUCUUUUUAGAAGAAGGGCAAAUUGCGUAUUUAAUUGUGGAAUGGGGCAUUUUUUCCUGAGGUAAUUGAAAUUGGCAGUGAUGUACGAAAGCCUGAUAGUGGCAACUGGUCUUGUUUUUUGCACCCCUACAUAAUUAGUCUUUUGAAAACACCGGUUUCUCCUAAUUCUAAUCUUACCAUAUAUUCUUCAGCUUUUAAAAGCUCGUUUAAGAAGUGAACUUUUUUUUUUGGUCCUCUGUAACUUUAAAUCACUGGGUGAGUGUCAACUAAUUUUCCAAGUAUUUUAUAAGCAACUUUUUUGUGAAACAGGUGAAAAAACUUAACAUAACUAAAUGUUGUUUAGCACUUGCAAUUCAUGUGGAUUCUCACUAAAGAUUCAUUGAUCAUAGUUCCUGUCAGAAAUUUUCUAUGACAUGUGACUUACUUAAAUUUGGCAGUAUUUAUAGUAAUUAAGUGGUAUUUCAUGACCUCAUCAUGACAAUAGUUCUUUCGAAGCUAUGACAAAAUAAAGUCUCUUUUCGUCCUAUCAUAGGUCCAGGACCCCAUUCUCAUCUUAUUCUUGUUCAGCCAUGUAGAGAAAAAUCCUCAUUUUCAGCCAAAAUUGAACACAAAAAAACUAUUGUAAUUGUUCAAGGAACGUCCUUUUUGCUAUUUAUUUGUCAAUAGUAAACUGGAGGAGGAAGCUUUGGAGGAAGAAAGUUUUUUGCAUUAAAAUAUUAGCACCAAUCAAUCACUUUUUCCUGUAGCAUCUUUGAGGAACUUAAAAAGUAUUAUUGUUAUUUUCUAUUCAAUAAUAUGUUUUUUUAGUCCACUCACAGUAAUUUUAUUAAAAAGGAGAGAACUAAUCAUAAGUAGGGAAGAGAUUAUAUUCUUUGUAUGUUGUCAUUUUUUCCCCCUGUUCACUUUUACAUCAUAUUUAUCAAUGUCAGUUUUCCCAAAAAUUUAUGAUCCAGUGACCAUCUACUCUGUUUUUAUUACUUACUUUCCUUCAAAUUCUUUUGAAGUAAUAAUUCAAUUUGGUAACCUUGCAACAGGUAUCAUAUAAAUAAAACCAUUGAAAAUUAAUUUUAAGAACUAUAGCAUCUAUUUAUCAGCUUGCCUUGUGGAUAAGUCUCCAUCGUCUGCUCCCAAUCUUGAUGGGUUCUUCUUCAAGAACAUCGCUUUGCAAUCACCCAAAAUUCUCUUCAUCCUUUUUAUUUUUAUUCGUAUCCAAGAUUCAAAAGUUGAACCAACAGGGGUGUUGAAAUCAAAUCCAGAACUUCAAAAUAUAAUGAAAUACUUUUGUUCAGAUACAAUUUUGGACUUGUGUUUCUUUAGAAAUUCAAUGUAAUUCCAUUUCUCCAUGUUGUGUGUUAUUGUAAUCUAAAGUUUUUAAAUGUGUUUUAAUGGAAAUUACAUUUUGCUUUUAGUUGUCAUAUGCUGGCUGGUAAAUUGGCAUUAAGAAACAUCACAUGUACUUAGGUUUCCAUUGUGUGAGGAUCAGUACUCCUCAAUUUUUUUAGCAUUAAGUUAUGAGCUUCAGUUUGACUAAAACAAAUAUGUCAUAGUAAUUAUUGUUUCAAUUAAGUUAAAAGUUAGCAAAGCCAUUCAAAUUUUUAAACUCUACAUGAUCUCAGUGUGCAGACAAAUGCCAUCCGGCCUUUUUUGCACCGUUCCAAAUAUAUAUGAAGAAUGUCUAAAGUAAUCAAAACAAUCUGAUUAUCGCUGUAAUAAAGCAGUCUUUUAAUCGAAUAGAAACGAGAACUCGUUGGAGAUUUGGAAAUUUGGCACUGGUUAGAUGAAUGAUAAAUUUCUAUUCAUUUUCUGGAGUGUGGGCCUUUAAAUACUUUAAUGAGAAACGAAGGGCUGAUAUGAAGUUUAGCAAUUGAGAAUGAAGAACAGUCCUUUGACACUUCUCAAUCUCCCACUUAAUUACUCAGCUGUGAGUGUAAAUGUUGCACAGGCUUCCUUGAAAUAAUUUUGGAAAAUGUUUAGGUAUGCUAUUGUUCCUUAACCCUUUGACGUCCGAGUUUUGUGUAGCGCCGCGUAACCCCCCGCGGCCGGGUUUAGAGCAGAAAAAACAUGCAGAAUUUUUUAGUAAUCUUACCUUUUCUCCCCUUGUUGUCGACCGAUCUUGAUGAAAUUUUUUGUGGUUAUUUGUGAAGAUGCACUGAAUAGAAUCCACUACUUGUCAAACGAAUAUUUUCAAAAAUUUUGAAGAAAAACACUUGAAAAAUCGAUAUUUUAGGGAAAGAAGAAAGAAAAUUUAUUUACCAGAUCACACACUAUCUAUUUACACUGUAGGAUGCAGAAAAGGCACUGUAAUUUAAUCAAGCCAAAAGAACUCAUAAAUCAAAGAGGAAAAGAGGCUAUAAAACUAAAAAUUUGAUUAUAGAAAAGUUGUUCAAAAAGUUGAUUACCGGAAAGGGUAAAAUACUGGAAAAAAGAUACUAGAAGACAGGACCGAGGACUUUUCUAUCAUGCACUAAAAUCUUGACUUGGUGUGAUAGUUUUUAAAACAAGGGUCCACGCACAAUGCAACAUCACAAUCUGUACAUUCAUAUCUUGUUUCUUUUCAAACCUUAGCUUUUAGUGCUGUGUGAGCGCAGAUAUGACAUCUUUUCGUAGGAAACUUCUUUUUGUCCGUUUCUGGAAUCGAUGAUGGGUAAUGCCGUCCUGAAAGUCUUGUAGGAUUAUCAUGGGAUGAAGUAGGAUCAAUUAAGUUCUGUUGAAAAUCUAGUGCACUUAUUUUUUUCCCGGUGACUUUUUUAUAGAGAGCAUGCCCGUUCAAUAAAGUUAGAUCGAGUAAGUGGAAAAAAACUUUCUUGUACCACUUAGUACUUUUUCUGACUGAUGCUGUUGUACUGAGUAGUUGAUCAGUCUGAUCAACUGCACCCAUAUUUUCAUUAUAAUUGACAAUUGCAAGUGGUUUGGAAACUUUAGUGUUGGAACCUCGCUUCUUCACAUUUUUCAUCCCAAACUUGUCGAUGGAGGAAAUCAUGUGUACGUCACGUUUAUCACUAUAUUUGACAGCCAUCAUUUUCUCACAGUGCCGCCCAAUCAUCUCAUGGCGAGCAAUUAUUGGAAAUUUAGGCAUACCUUUACGGUUAGCUUUUAUCGUACCACACAAGUUCGUUCCUAAGAAUUUUAGGAGGGCUCAAAGAGUAGGGCUGCAAUACCAAUUAUCGGUGAACUGAACACGUUAUGCCCAAGGUUGAUGUGUGGUUGCAUUAGAUUCACAACAAUAGCACCUGAUUUUCCUAAACGAUAUUCAUCAGUCAUUUCAGUCGAAGCACCAGUGUACAUGAUGAGCUCAAGAAUAUAAUGAGUAGCGCCAUCACACAAAGCAUAAAAUUUUAUACCAAAUCUGGCUCUUUUUGUCUUGAUAUACUGUUUAAAGGCCAGUCUUCCUUUAAAAAGGGACUAACGACUCGUCAAUAGCAACAUUUUGAUAUGGCUUAUAUAAUUUUUUAAAAUUUGCUUUCAGCCGAUCUAAAACAUUUCUGAUUUUGUGAAGUCGGUCACCUCUUUGCUGCUCCGCAUUGGAGGAGAAAUGCAGCAUUUUAAAAAUAAGAAUUAAUCUAUUUCGUGCCAUAAUUUUUGAGAAAAUUGGUAUGGUAAGGAUGGCUUUUGUUGACCAGCAGCUCCUAACAUCAUGCUUUGAGUGUACGGCCACUAAAAAAAUCACCGCAAAAAAUAAAUAGAGCUCACCAGUAGUGACUUUGGUCCAUCGACUCAUAUAUUCCGGAACAAAUGCCAUGUUUUCCAAAGCAUAGUUAUAGAAGGCAUUUGAUUCGUCUUUGAUUAGAGUAACUAGUUCUUAUCAAAUAAUUCUUUGAAGAAAUCAAUCUCACGCGAAUCAGGAGAGAGAGAUCCCUGAUAACCUGGAUUCUGCACGGUGAAUUUGUGAGGCUUUGGUUUGUAUUUAGGGCUACACUUCUUCCACUUCAGAUCAUUGAUUCGUCGUCUUUCUUCUCGGUAUUCACCAUUUCUUUCAAGAACAGGGUAUCUUGAUAGAUAUCGUAGGUAGCGCAAACUUCUUCAAGCGCUUCCCACAUGGACUUGGCAUCGUCUAUAUCAAUCACAUCAUCAAGAAAAGAAUCACUGACAUGCUCUAUGAUUAAAGCUCUCGCUUGCUGGUUCAACUUCUUUCUACGGGUGAUUUCGCUAGACGGUAGAGCAUCAUCAUCUUCCACUUCUCUCUCUUCACGAGUGGUUGCAUCAACAAAGACAUAAGGACCAAAACCCUGAACGGCGUCUCAACACCCCUUCUUCAUUAGGUGUGCCUCCAUCCUGACCGACCACACUUCAUAAUUGUCGUCGUCUAGGGUAGGGAUUGCAACUUUGUCUUUAGCCAUUGCUAACUUCAACACGUUAAAGAGAAUUUGACUUACAAGUACUAAGAAUCCAGGAGGUGAUUCAGGUUAUGCUUCAAAUUCAGACACCUUCUUCCUUUAGCACAACACGCUACGCACACGUUACGCACGCGCUCGGAAUAGGCCACGGCAUCGGCACACUAAACUCGGGGAAAACGCGAAAACGCGUCUCGGAAGCGCAUGAGUCUCAUAAUCUAUUGAAUUGAGUGAUAAAUUCAAUACAGGUUGAUUGUCAUAGUAUGCUACCACUUCACCUCUAUCAUUGCGAACGAUUUCCCCAGUCAAAUUUUCGUCUUCAUCAUCAAUUAUAGCUGUGGAAGGUAUGACAUAAACAGCUUUUUGACGAAAAAGGAAAUACAGGAGGCUUCCGUUGAUUGGUGUUUCAACUAAAAGACCUCUCACUUUCCGGAAUUCACUUCUUCCUAACUUGAAAUUUUGAUUACCGAAAUUGUUUUCGUGUUUUUAAGGAACUUUAACUUGUGUAGGCCCCUAACGGUAUUCAUAGUGAAAAUGCUAUUACAACCUACAUUCAUUGAGAAUGAUAUUAGCCAGAAGCAGUUGUAUGUUAAGAAUGAGUUAAAAUAGUGCCAGUCCAUCGGGAAGGUAACUUUUCUCAAAGCUCAGUAUGCUCAGAACAUCAUACCUAAAAAUCAUGAAUCAUAAAGAAGUCUGAAUGUUUAUAUUUCUAGUGCAGAUUCCAUCAUCACAAUAAGUAAGUUUCAAAAGAAGCUUUCAUCUAAAAUAUAUGUUUUUUUUUAUUGGAUAUCAUUUACAAACUAUCAAUAUCAAAAUAGAAAGAGAGGCCUCUGUCAUAUGUAUUUCUAAAAUGUCUUCCUCUGGUAUUAAAAAAUUCAGAAAUUACUUGGAGUAAAAAGAGUUUUCAUGUUAGAAAUUAAUUUUAUUUUCCAAUUAAUCAGAAGACAAUGUAUGGAUUUAAAUUUUAUGUUUUUUCAAAAUUUUAUGCAGAAAUGUACAAAAAGAUGUUAGAAAAAGAUUACUGAAGCAAGGUGUAAGUACUUACAAGUAACAUUGGUCAGCCUGACAGAUAUAAACACAUGUCAGCCCAUUUAAUUACUGUCAAGUGUACUUGUCAAAAUUUGUUUCUUUUUUUGAAGUCGUGAUUUCGCUAGUUGUUUUCGACCUAAUUUUUUGGGAAGGGAUGUAGAGUGCACCGCAUUUAUUCUUAUGAUUUUAUGGCCCAGUGUGAUCUGAACAUUAUUUUUAAGUGCACUUCAAAAGAAAAUAGUUGGCCUGUCUGUUCCAAGGUUUUUCUGAAUCUAUUUUUUGACAGAAAUCCGCAACAAAACUAACAUUUUAAAAAGAAAAUUUUCGGUCUUUAAAAAAAUUUGAAAAAAUUAUUAUUCAGUUAUGUGUACAUGUGUGUUGUUUACUUUUUCCACAGGGUUUUGAAUUUUAUGUGGAGAAUAAUUAAAAUUGGAGUAAUCGUGUAUCCAAGUUGUCUUGAUUUUUUAAUAGUUACCAUAGCCAUCAAAUUAUUUGUUUCCUUCUCCAUUAUAAAUUUUCUGCUCUCAACUUUUUGUGUGUGUGGUUUUAACUUUAGUAUGCAUCUCUGAGUUUUAAAUUAUCUUUCCGAUAAGAGUCAGGAAAAUACGUAUUCCCACCAUGACAGUACUUAUUGUACCAUGGGUUCACUUUUCCUUCCUCUCUAUUUUUCCUUCUCAGCAUUUUUUAAUGGAUAACCUCACGAAUAACUUAAUUGAUCUUUUUUAAAUGCUUCCAAAAAAAAAAAAAAAAAAGAAGUACGUAGAGUAUUUGAGAUAUCGACAAAAUCGUUAGAAUUUAUGAUCCUCUUAAUGAUUUCAACUUUGAGAAAACAAAGUGUUGAAGAGUGCAAGCUAAAUUUUUCUUGGUCAACAGAAAUCGUUUUUUGUUCGGUUUUUUUUUGCACCUUUUACUUGGUUACCAUAAAUUUAAGUUCAUAAGUAUCAAUCUGUCAACAAAUGUGUUUGAACAUUUUAUUUUUGUGUGUUAAAUUGGUCAAUUUAUCAAUUCCUCACGCCUUUGUUUGUCUCAAAGCAUUAAGAGGGUCAUCUUUACUUUGAAUUCAGCUAUUUGAAUAAAAAUGAAAUAUAUUUAUUCUGACAUGAGUCUCCUAAGAUCCAUAAGAAUACAUGAAUCACAGGCCUCAUGUCUUGAUUGAUGUAGUUCCUUUUAAUUUAAAUGCAUCCAGUCGUUUCAGGCUUUGCAGGAAUGUAUACUACCAGAUUGAGCUCCCUUUAAAUAAUUUUUGUAUAAGCUAUAUUGUUAUUGUUGAAUCCAAUAGUCGUUUCCCCUUUAUCCAGUGAGAAAAAUUAAAGUUAAAGCCUGUCUUUGCUUUCUCAGUAUUUAAUAACCUUACUUCGAUCUGUAAAAUCAUUUCAAGUCAUGGCGUAGUACCUAUGUCGGAGUUAUUGCUCCUGUGUAUCUACUUUGCCUCAUUCUUGCAUUUAUGGUUAUUGCAAAUGAAAAAAAAUAUUAAUAAUGUUUUGUUUUUAAAUUUUACUGACUUGCUUGCAUUCUAUUUUUUCUUUUUGUAAAAUUAGAAAAAAAUGUAAACGACAAAUAACUGUGAUUAAUUAGACCCUGUAAUUUUGUGAAUAAAUUAGAAUUGAAUAAUGAA